CUUGUGUGUAAAAACCGCCUUGUACAAAUAUCCCCACUAUGUUAGUAGACUUCUUAGCUAUUAUACUCAACGCUAUUUUUGUGCGAUGUAUAUUUGUAGAAUGCACUCAAAAUCAAAGCUUCACCGGUGGUACGGCUAUUAUUCAAAAUAUUACGGUGCAAAACAAUGAUACAGGAAAACACCCAAUAUCUACAAUGAAACUCAGAGAUAUUUUAGUUACAGCAGAUAAGACACAUGCUGUUAAAAACGCUGCAAAUGGAAGUGAAAGCACUCAAAUACCUCUAAGUUCUAAACAGAGCGUUAUAGGAAUUUUACUUGCAGGGGAUACAGUCAAUAGUGAAAAUAAUUCCAGUGUAAACAAAGAUAAUGUAACACUACGGAGCUUCUUAACUGCCACAGCAUACCAUUGGCCUGGCUAUAACGUGGCACAACCACCACAAUACUGGAUAGGACCAAGAGCUAACAAGAUACGACCUUGGUUGUCUGAUGGUGGCCGUCAUCGAAUAAGAUCAAAAUAUUUGGGGGAAAGCGAUGUACACAAUCAGCCUAUUUAUGUUUCUCAUAUGACUCACCUUCCUCAUACAAAUUCCGAUCCCCCUAUUGAAACAAAUAGCGUUCAACAAAGGAUUUCAGAUAUGUAUAAUGAGAUAUUAUUAUCAAAACACCACUUACUGAACGAUAAUUUUCAAUGGAAAAUGCCUGAAGAAGAAAAAUAUGUAUAUAUACCAUAUGAAAUACAUGAAAUUGAACCUGAGGUGCGACAUCACUUAGAAUAUUAUUUGGAACUGUUCCACAAAAACUCGUGUAUUCGCUGGAUUAAGCGAACUUAUGAAGAUGAUUACCUGGUAAUCAAGGCCAGCUUGGACGAGCAAGGGGAGCUGGUUGACCGAUGUUACUCCUCCUCAGUCGGAAUGAAGGGAGGUGUACAGUACGUCCACUUGACAACCCGAUGUUUAGGACUAAUGCCUGGUUAUAUCCCAGCCUUAUACAACAUCCCCCACGAAUUGAUGCAUGCCCUCGGUUUCAUCCAUGAACAAUCCAGGCUAGACAGGGACUGUUAUAUUGCUCUCACAAAGCAAGGAGCACAAGACGCCCACGCUAAUCGGCGUUUCACAAGCGUUCCAACAGAUAUGAAAUUUCCGUAUGACAUCAACAGUGUAAUGCAGUAUCGUCUAUCUGAUGCCUACGUAUCUUUGCAAGGCGAAACCAUUGGACCAAUCGGAGAAGAUCCUUCUUGGCAAGACUGGCGGAAGAUAAAUUACUUAUAUUGUGGCGAGAAACAUAUCUGCGAGGACCAUACGGCCUUGUGUUUGAGGCACAAGGCAAUACUGAGAAAAUGUAUUAGGGAUGGGCGUAUGCAAAAACCCUCGGAUCACGAUUAUCUGCAAUAUUUAUAUGGACAAGAUAAUUGGUGAUUAAGACUUUUUAGUGUA